AUGAUGAUACCAAAAUUUUGCCAUAUUUUGAGCAUUACAGACAAGGCAAUAGAAAACAAACAAUUAAAAUGUUGCGGCUUUCUGCAUGUUUCAUUCGUAAUUAAACUACAUGGGUUCAAUAUUGAAGCAUGGUUGUUAGACAAAUUAAUUACAUCGGCUAAUUGGAACGCGAAAUUUAAUGAAUAA